AUGAGCUCUAAUGUCCCGCAUGGGUCUGCCUCACAAUCCACGCUCUCAGCCUACUUUAAAUCCCCUCCCACCGUCGUGCCACCACGGAAGGGAAAGAGAAGCAGCUCACCCAUUGACUUAACCGGUGAUGAUGAACAGGAUGAAAGGCAAUCUAAACGAGCACGCUUGACGGGAAAGUCUCUAGCUUCCUCCUUCCCUUCUAGUCUUUCGAACUCUACUAGUGGUCUUGUUGAAUCAUGGCGUUUUUCACCUGAAAAGCCCAGAAAAGUGGACUCAUCGAAUCAGCGCACCACUUUUGAAAAAGAGCGCCACGAAGCCUUCAAAAAAAAACUUUUGAACGACAAUAGCAUCUUUUUGGAAAGAGAAACCGAAUCCCAUGAUUUAGUCGAUGACUAUGGAGACAGAGAAAACGACGCGAAAGAAGUGCAGCAUGACGAGGCUGGUUUUCCAUCUGGCUUUAAAGAAUUAAUAUCACACUCAGUUAAAGGGAAAUCGAAAGAGAAGGGAAAAUCUGCAAAGCGGCCCAAAACUAUCGUUGAGCUUGGGCCAAGUGGUGAAACUUAUACCUCAUUGGAGAAGCAGCUGAAGAAAGACAACGCGGGAACAUUGCUAAUGGUGGAAGUAGGCUACAAGUAUAAGUUUUUUGGCAAUGACGCAGAGGCGAGUUGCACAUACGCCAGGAAAGAACUAGGUAUGGUCGCAUACAUGGACCGAAAUUUUCUCGUCGCAUCUGUUCCUGUGCAUCGGCGGGAUGUCCAUCUUAAAAAGCUAAUAUCUCGAGGAUAUCGCGUGGGGAUUGUGGAGCAAAUUGAAACUGCUGCAUUGAAGAAAAUUAGCGACAAUCGUAAUGGUGUAUUUGAGCGUAAACUCACACAGCUAUAUACAGCGACAACCUACGUUGAAGAAUUGGACUCUGUUGACGACAACGAAAGAUACAGCGCGCCACCAUUUAUGUGUCUCAUUGAAAAACGCAAAGACGUCCACCAAGCUGAUGUUUCUAUCGGGAUGAUUACAAUAUGUCCCAGCACAGGAGACGUCGUCUGGGACAAUUUUGAUGACACAAUCAUGAGAUUGGAACUAGAAACAAGGCUUGUACACACACGACCUUCAGAAUUGCUCAUUUCGGAUGAUGGAUUAACGGAACCCACGGAAAAAAUGCUGUCGCAAUUCUCAGGGCUCUCUUCUUCAGGACAUCAAAUCCGAAUUGAAAGAUUCAGAAAAAUGUCGAACUACACGGAUGCUUUUUCGGAUGUUUCAAGGUUCUACACAGACAGGAGCAGAUUUGGGGCAGCUUCUACGAGUUUCUCAUCUGGGAAAUUGAUGGCUGAAAUCACUGAUUUGCCUGAACUUGUCGUGAUUGCUCUAGCUCAUGCCAUUAAAUAUCUAUCGGCCUUCGGUCUUGCAGAAGCUUGUUUGGAAACAAGAUUUUUCACCAAAUUUACUACAAAAGCGCACAUGCUUCUGGCAGCUAACACUUUGAUCAAUCUGGAAAUUUACCGUAAUGAAACGGACUGUACUUCACAUGGUUCUUUAAUAUGGGUCUUAGACCGAACAAAAACUAAAUUUGGAGCCAGGCUUCUGAGGAGCUGGGUAGGUAGACCAUUGGUAGACAAACGCAUACUAGAGGAAAGGAUAAAUGCAAUACAAGAGAUACUAGAAAGCUAUGACGAUCUGUUGCUCACCCUUCGUAAUUUGAUCAAAGGCCUCCCAGACUUAGCAAAAGGAUUGAGUCGGAUACAAUAUGGGCAGUGUACCCCGAAAGAACUAUCCAUUCUGCUUCCGGCAUUUCAAAAGAUUGCGUUAGCGUAUGAUACGAUUGAACCUGAAAAUAUCGGCUUGAAGUCUCCAAUUUUAAAACAAAUAAUAUGUUCACUGCCGAAGCUAAAGGGGGCCAUAACGGAGUUGAUGGGCGCUAUCAACAUCAAGAAGGUGGCCGAAGGCAAAAAGAACUCUAUGUGGACCGACUCUGAAAAGUUCCCAGCGAUAAGCGAUGCGGAAGGAGCGUUAGCAGCAAUAGCCGAAGAGUUAAAGGAUGAAUUGAAAAGCAUCAGAAAGUUGUUAAAAACACCAUCGCUAGAAUGGACAAGUGUGGCAACUGACGACUAUUUGGUGGUGAUCAAGAAAGGCGACAAAAUACCUAUCCCUGACAAUUGGAUUCUUCAUUCAAAAACGAAAACUCUAGCUCGGUACUAUCCGCCUAGUGUACGGGCCAAAUUAGAUGAACGUGCACAAUGCCGCGAGAUCCUUGAAGUUGAAUCAAACAAGGCAUACCUCUCGUUUUUGAAGGAGAUUUCGAACAACUACUAUGGCAUUAUGAGGGAUGCCAUCAACAAUCUAGCAACAGCUGAUUGUUUACUUAGUCUGGCGCAGGUGGCUCUUCAAGAAAAUUAUGUUCGACCGCAAUUCACCGACUAUGAUACUCUCGAGAUCAUUGACGGCCGUCAUCCUAUGAUUGAAGCAUUCAGUGAAAAUCCCUAUAUUCCCAACACAAUCCAAAUCGGCGCUGAAAGUAGUAAAACAAAGAUCAUCACUGGCCCAAAUAUGGGAGGGAAGAGUUCUUGUGUCCGGAUGGUUGCUCUUAUUGCCCUUAUGGCACAGAUAGGCAGCUAUGUACCUGCCACCUCUGUCAAAAUGGGUCUUCUCGAUUCAAUUCUAACUAGGAUGGGAGCCUCCGACGCCCUUGCUAGGGGACGAUCGACGUUUAUGGUUGAGAUGUCGGAGACCAGUGAAAUUUUACACACAGCAACCUCCAAGAGCUUGGUCAUCCUAGAUGAGUUAGGCAGAGGGACGUCAACUUUUGAUGGUAUGGCCAUUGCGGAUGCGACAUUGCAAUACCUGGUACAAACUAAAAAAUGCAAAACAUUAUUUAUCACUCACUAUCCUCUGCUGGCAACAAGAUUGGAAAAGAAAUUUCCGUGUGACAUACAGAACCUCCACAUGGGAUAUGAAUCCGAAGUGCGGAUAGAUGGCACCCGCGACAUCACAUUCCUUUAUCGCCUUGUUACGGGUUUGGCUACAGAAUCCUUUGGCAUCGAAUGUGCACGAUCUGCCAAAAUUCCUACUGAGAUCUUGAGUGUCGCCGCUGAGCGUGCUGCACAUAUGCAGGAGGAAGUGGAAGGUCGGAUGCGGAGAAAUAAAUUAUGCAAAACUCCGUACCUGAUACAAAAAUGCUUUGAGUACAAAGGUAUUAUGGCAAAAGCUGCAUUAGGGGAACUACAAAUAGCGCUGCAAACGAUGUGA